GUCACAUCGCUGGGAGAUUUGAUUUGAAUCUCAGUGGGAAGGACUCGUUGCAGGGAUCAAGCCGUGUCUUGCACCCCACGGAGCUCGAAAAGCAAAUAGCAUUGGGCUUGUUGCUCCUGAGUCAUUUGCGCCGGAGCUAUUGGGAGCUACUUUCCCACAGGCUCAUUUAUAUACCUCACUAUCAGCAGGUCUGCAACGUCGCACUGGUCUACUAACACUACAUGGCGUCUCCUGUCCAGCCCGCAGCCACUAUGGCAGCUUUCGCAAGAAUGGCCAAAGGCCAGGUUCGGUACUAUUCCGCUCCGUUGGACAUGGCCAUUCCUGCCUCGAAGAAGCAGUACAUUCCUUCCUCCGGCACCUAUCCUAAGGGCUUCCUCGUCUCUGGAACUCACGUUGGUGUGAAAGCCUCGAACACAAAGUUCCCCGACUUGGCCCUGAUCUCGUCGGAGACUCCGUGCUCGGCGGCAGCAGUCUUCACUACCAACAAGUUCCAGGCUGCUCCUGUCCAGGUGAGCAGGAAGACACUUCAGGAGCGUCAAGGACAGGGCAUUCGGUCCAUCGUGAUCAACUCGGGCUGCGCCAAUGCUGUCACCGGCAAAGGUGGUCUCGAAGAUGCAGCCAACAUGGGCAGCACGGUGGACGGGUGCAAUGGUCUCUCUGACCCCAGCACCAUCGUCAUGAGCACCGGUGUCAUCGGACAGCGACUUCCUAUCUCGAAAAUCCUGGAUAAGAUCCCUACAGCCCACAAGAACCUUGCAUCUUCCCACGAUGCUUGGCUCACCACCGCUCGCGCUAUUUGCACCACGGACACCUUCCCCAAACUUCUCUCUCGCACCUUCACGCUCCCCUCCUCCCCCGGCCGCACCUACAGCUUGGCCGGAAUGGCCAAGGGAGCCGGUAUGAUCCACCCCAACAUGGCUACUCUCCUGGGCGUUCUGUGCACCGAUGCCCCCAUCGAAACACCCGCUCUCCAGUCUCUGCUUAAGCACGCCAUCUCACGCUCGUUCAACUCCAUCUCCAUCGACGGCGACACCAGCACCAACGACACUCUUGCCAUCCUCGCCAACGGAGCCGCAGGCGGCGCCCCCAUCAACUCCGCCAACUCUGACGACUACGCCGCCAUGCAGGAGAUCCUCACCUCGUUCUCUCAGUCCUUGUCCCAGCUUGUCGUUCGCGACGGCGAAGGCGCUACCAAGUUCGUCACCGUCCGCGUCCAGAACUCGCCCCAUUACGAAUCUGCCCAGCUCAUCGCCUCGACCAUUGCUCGCUCUCCACUCGUCAAGACCGCCCUGUACGGUCGUGAUGCUAACUGGGGCCGUAUCCUCUGCGCCAUCGGUUACACCCAGGGUGUUGCCCCUGGUGUCGUCAUUCCCGAGCGCACCAGCGUCAGCUUCAAGCCUGUGGACGGAAGCCCCAUCUUGAAGCUCCUGGUCAACGGUGAGCCUGAGCAGGUCGACGAGGACCGGGCCAGCGUUAUCCUGCAGAACGAGGACUUGGAGAUCGUUGUUGACCUUGGCGGUGGUGAGAAGGGCGAACAGGGUCUCGGUGGUGAAGAUGCCAUGUACUGGUUCUGCGACUUCAGCCAUGAAUACGUGACCAUCAACGGUGAUUACAGAACCUAGAAAGGUAAGAAGCAAUCGAUAUGUUACAGUAAGAUAGUUUCGCCGUAAGGCAUUGUGUUGAUAUUACAAUUCGAAAACGAAAUUCACUUGUUAGUAUAUACGCUACAUAAGAGAGGG